AUGUCAGAUACCUCUAUCAAAAAGCAUGACCUCUAUAUAUAUGAUUUGCCUGAGGCUCUAUUAAAUUCGCUGGAUUUGUUACAAUUCGAUUCAUACAGAAAUGAAGUGAAGCCCAAACCGGUGGAAAGAGCACCAGUUUCAAUCGAAGAAGUCAAGAAUAAGCAAGUUCCUACAGUAUUGAAAUGUAAAGUUUGUGCUGAUAGUACUGAAGCGAUUGGCAGGGAACAUUAUCAAACCGAUCUUCAUGUUGCGAAUAUCAGGCGAAAUUUAAAUGGAUUGCCACCACUUAAUCAAGCUCAGUUUGAAGAGUUGAUAAGCAAAAAUACUGCUAAGAAAGACCAAAAAAUUGUGGAAGGGGAUUCUGAUGGCGAUAUUUCCAAUGAUAGUGGCAAUGACUCGGAUAGCAAUUACAGCUCUGAGGAUGAAUUGGAAAAAAUCGAUGAAAUUGGCGGUGAACUUUCAAGAAAGGUGAAUGAAAUUAAUAUUAUAGACAAACCAAUUACUCCACUUUUAACAGAUACUGAAGACUCGCAAGCCAACUUGUUUCACCUAAAUACAGGUCUUCCUCAAAUUCUCGUUAGGUCUCCACUAUUGUCUAACGGACAGACAUAUGGUAUUUACAAGGCUUUGUUUGAUAAAGAUAACAUCCAAGAGCCCUUGGACACAAUAUUGAAGUGGAACAUGGAUGACACAAGGAUGACUUCGAUUUCUGCAUUGUUUCUAGUUGGCGGUGGUCAUUUUGCUGGUGCCAUUGUUUGCCAUCAGCGUGGUAACAUCAAAAGUGUUGUAAGAUCGAAGAGGGUAGAUGAAACACCACAGGAACAAUGUGUUCAAUUCUUGGAACAUAAAACAUUUCAUAGGUAUACAACAAGAAGGAAGCAAGGUGGGUCACAAUCUGCUAUGGAUAAUGCCAAGGGUAAGGCAAACUCUGCCGGUUCCACAUUGCGUAGAUAUAAUGAGGCUGCUCUGAAGACGGACAUUCAAAAUUUGAUGGAAAAGUGGCGCCCAUAUUUGAAUAAGUGUGAAAGUAUAUAUAUCAGGGCAAGAAAUGUCCAAGACAAAAAGAUUUUCUUAGAUGGUGGAAUCCUGAACAAAGAUGAUAAAAGAAUCAAGAGUUUUCCUUUUACCACUAAUAGACCGACUGUUACUGAGCUGAAAAGAAUAUGGUGUGAACUGACAUACAUGAAGCCAGUAGAAAAACCACAACCUAUACCGAACGAAGAAGCAAGCAGAAAGGCCAUUUCAAAACCAGAUGCUGAAAGUAAAAAGAAAGAUGUUCCAAAGCUAGAGCUAAGUGAGGCAGAGGUUCAUACAGAGCAAAUUGUUACAUUGCUGAAGAAGAGUCGUGUUCCUUUACUACUGUCAUAUUUAAAGAAGAAUAAACUGGAUGGGAAUUUUAUACUUCUACCCAGGAACAAAUAUGUGCAUACGCCAACAAUGCUACAUUAUGCAUCCCAGCAAGGGUUAAGGCAAAUGGUUUCUAUCCUAUUAACAACAGUAAAAUGUGAUCCGACUAUUCCUAAUGAUGUUGGUAAGACCGCUUGGGAUAUUUCAAAGAAUGAUACUGUUAGAUACUGUUUCCAAAAAGCCAGGCACGCUCUUGGAGAAGAAUACACAAACUGGGAAGAAGCUCAUGUUGGUGUACCUUUGAGUAAAGAAGAAGUAGAAAGAUUAGAAUCAGAAAAAGAGAAGCAAGAUGAAGCUGAAACUAAGAAGUUGAUCCAAAAAGAAUUAGAAUUGACAAAGGAAAGACAAAAACAAGAAAGAAGUGCUCGUGCAGAUGAAAUUGAAUUGAAACACGGGCAAGGCAGAAGGCUUGAUUCUGGGUCACCUGGUCUAAUGAACUUAUCUUCUCAUAAAAUUGAUUCUUUGAAUGAAGAUCAAAGAAGAAGAUUAAUGAGAGAGCAAAGGGCAAGAGCCGCAGAGGCCAGGAUGCAAAAGUUAAACAAAUAA